GGCCCGCCCCCCCUCGGCGCUCGGGGGCGGGGCGGGCUCCUCCCAGGGCGGCCGGGCGGAGAGGGCCUUGCGUCGCGAGAGCAGGCGCUGUACGGCGCGGUCCUCCCGUGCAGGGCCGAGUGCUGGCCAGGAUCCCGGGUUCGGUGUGGCGGAUACCCCAGUCCCUGGCAGUCCCCCGAGGCUCACAGAGAGCCUCUGCGGAGCCCCGCCACGCGCAGGCAGGGUGGCCACUGCCGCGGGUGUGGAUGUGCCUGACAAGAUGAAGAGCCAAAUCCCAGUGGUGCUCCUGGCCUGUGGCUCCUUCAAUCCGAUCACCAACAUGCACCUGCGCUUGUUUGAGGUGGCCAGAGACCACCUACAUCAAACAGGAAUGUACCAGGUGAUCGGGGGUAUCAUCUCUCCUGUCAACGACAACUACAGGAAGCAAGACCUCGUGGCUGCCCACCACCGGGUGGCCAUGGCCCGGCUGGCCCUGCAGACGUCCGACUGGGUCCGGGUGGACCCCUGGGAGAGUGAGCAGGUGCAGUGGAUGGAGACAGUGAAGGUGCUGAGGCAUCAUCACAAUGAACUGCUCAGAUCUCUGCCCCAGACGGAAGGCCAGGACCACGGCAGGGCUCGCUCCGUGGCCCCCACAGCUGUGCCCGAGUUGAAGCUCCUCUGCGGGGCAGAUGUCCUGAAGACCUUCCAGACCCCCAACCUCUGGAAAGACGCGCACAUCCAGGAGAUAGUGGAGAAGUUUGGCGUGGUGUGUGUGAGCCGGACAGGUCACAACCCAAAGGAAUACAUCUCGGGCUCGCCCAUCCUGCAGAAGUAUCGGCACAACAUUCACCUGGCCAGGGAGCCCGUGCAGAAUGAGCUCAGCUCCACGUACAUCAGGUGGGCCCUGAGCCAGGGGCACAGCGUGAAGUACUUGCUCCCAGAUGCUGUCAUCAGCUACAUCAAGGACCACAACCUCUACACCAGGGACAGCUCCUGGAAAGACAGCAGCUCCCAGAGGAAUGAAGGGAAGACAGACUAGGGAGAGCCAGCCACUCUGCCACAGAGCUCCUCCUGACCAAAGGGCAGUUAAGGUCUUAGGCUUUUUUUUUUUUUAGGCAAUGAGUUUAUUUCAGAGGAGUCUUCUGUCCCAGGAAGAGAGAGCUUCUUUUGGGAGAAGGAGCAAGUGCCUGCAUCUCAAAGCAGUUAAGAGGGCAUGGCAGGUCACUAGAACUGGACGACAGCUUUCAGAACCUGUCGCUGCAGAGCCCUCCUUAUUCGGUCACCGGUGACUCGGGCAUGCGCACUGAAGGCAGUUCUGCACCAGGCAGGGCCCCUGAGGGUCAGAUCAGAACUGCCCACGCGCGUUUUCUAACUAGGACCAGGUGCAGCAUGCUGGUCUUGAUUAGAGAGACUUGACAGGACGCUAAUUACCAAACAGUGGGCUUUGUCAACGCCUUGUUCCAACAAAAUAAUACUAAGUGAGGAGUCAGAAAUUUGGAAGCCGCUCUUUGCCGAUUUACAUUGAAUCUUCCCUCAAGAACCACCGUCUGCCUGCCUAAGCUGUAGAUACCAUUUAAACUAAAAUCUUUCUAAGGAGUGACCCUCAAACAAUAUUUUUGAUAUGGCAGAUAUCUUUAACACCACUUCUUUUAUAAACGCCAGGGCUCCUGAUUUCCAGGUUUCUAAAAAGGAACUGAGGUAAAACAGAUGCCUUGACUGUUUUAGAGGAUCUUUUUGAAUGUUUUAUGACCGCCUGCCUGUUUGAAUAUUGGCAAAGGGAUAAAUAAUAAAUUGACAUAAAAAAAUACUAAUGAAAGGUCUCUUUUUUCUCCUUUUGUUAUAUUUUUUAAUGCCUGAUGUAUAGUUGUUGCUCUUCUUUUUAGCUACCCCGUGAAACUGGCUACUGUUCCAAUCCAACUGACAGGAAUUUUUUUUUUUUUUAAGAUUUUAUUUAUUUGAGAGAGAGAAUGAGAGACCGAGAGCAUGAGAGGGAAGAGGGUCAGAGGGAGAAGCAGACUCCCUGCUGAGCAGAGAGCCUGAUGUGGGACUCGAUCUCGGGACUCCAGGAUCAUGACCUGAGCCGAAGGCAGUCGCUUAACCAACUGAGCCACCCAGGCGCCCCCCAACUGACAGGCGCCCCCCGUACUAGCAGUGGAGGAAGCAGCUGCUUUUCAACACCCUGCAGAGUGCUCUAAUCUGAAGCUCUGGGCAGAGGGCUCUGUUCAGGUGGGCCCUAAAGGAUGAGAAGAGGAGCUUCACAUGUGUUCAGGAUCUGUCAUUCCACUCCUCCUCAAGAAGAGGUUUUAAUUGGCCUAAUUCUGUUUGAGUUUACUCUUUACACCUGCUCACCAAAUGACCGAAUGCAUUCAGAAUGUACUUCUCCAUACUUUUACCCUGGUACGUCCUUGCUGCAGAUGUAGUCAUGCAGAAAAACAAAGGGCCAGCCAGAAGAAUCUACUAUCUCCCCAAACAUAUCCCAGCGUUUCUGUGGGUGCCCUGAUAGCCAGGAGUAAAGUAGGCAAUCAGGAUUUCCUGGGGCUAGAGUACUGGGGGUCCCUAGGCCCCCACCCCUGCAACCUCUAAUGCUGCUAGCCAUUCCCCACCCUGACUGCGCUCUACACCCCAAGGGGUCUCUAAGAACCUUGAUAAUGCAGGGGAAUAGGAAUCAAACAGCCUUGUCCACAGCAAGCUGUGUGAUUUGGACCAGCUCCCUUCCCUACUGCAAGUCUCGGUUUCUCAAACUCUGAAAUGCGGCGGUUUGACUAGAUUGUCUCUCAAUUCGCUUCUAGCUCUGAUCACCUGAGACUCUGAAUGCCUUCCUUCAGCCUGCCCACCCUUCUUUGGGUCCAAUUCACUUCCGGCCACACUGGAAAUUCUCCAAGGGCAGAGGGUCUCUGUUUUGUUUGCUGAUAUAUCCGAAGUGCCAAGAAAUUUGCUGUCCCAAACACGGUCGCGGGAUGCAGUGUUUUCGUCCCCCGGGAGCUGGACAGAAAUGCAGACCUACUGACUCAGAAUCUGCAAUUUAAUAAAAUUCCCAAGCCAUUCAAUGUACGGGCCUAGAACAGUACCUGUUACAAUAAAUAUUAGCUUUACUUUCAAUAGGCUGACUAUAUGAUUGAAA